AUGGACCAAUCGAACAACAAGCCCACAGAUCAGAUUGGGAACAACGCCCGUUUGACUAUUGGCGGAAGUGCUCCGCCAACCGCGACCUUCCUACCACAAACCAAUGACAGCGAAAGCGCCCCGUUACCCAUACGUGCAAGAGACACGCGUCGUGGCACCGUUGAGACCGAACAUCAGCAACCGGUCCCUCAGAAUCAGCCAACGCUCUCACAAACGUCCUACUCUACCCCGAAUCUUCCCAGUCCAUAUCCACCGCUCACCCUUGGCCGUUCAGCCUUGCAAACCGCGCCGUUGCCUCCAAUUACCUGGACCCUGGAACCUUCGCGCGUAAAUAGCCAUAGCCCGCAAGUGACUCCUUAUCCGAGCCUACCACCUGCACCGACAUCUCAACCACUACCCCUGAGCUAUUCAUCUCAGCCACCUGGAAGUACAAGUCAAGCGAUUAGACCGGUCCAGUCCGUGCCCAACCCUCAAUUAUCGUCGGGUUAUCAGCCGCCAUCGUUCAGCACUCAAGCUUCAGCACCGCCUCCGCGACGGGCGUCUGUACGACGCAGGCAAUCGCACGGUUAUGUCGCAAACGACCCUUAUCGCCCGUCAUCGGGACGCAAGGAGGAUACCGUAGCUAACGACACCACAUUUGACGAUAUCGAUGUCGCUCCAGAGCCCCAGAACACCUCGGCUGGCACAGCGGGGUAUCCCCACCAGACCCAGCCAUUUCCAACGCCGAUGGGUCAGGUUUCUACACCUCGCCCUCCAACUUCUACCUCUGUAUAUCCGCAACUUCCGCAAACUUCAACACAACCAAUCUUGUCGCAACCACCUGUGGGGCCCAUUUACUCGACCCCGAUUCCGACAAAUGACAAUCCGUACCGUCCACCACAACAAACCGAGCCCGUUCCAGUCGCUCAGCCACCGCAGCCUAUCUCUUCUGGCACACCAUUGCCGUAUCCGACGUCUGGCCCCCAACGAUACCAUUCUUCUAUCGACAACCCAGCCAGCUCAGAAAGCCAACUACCCAACCCUUAUUCGACCAUUGGUCAACCUGCGGUGCCUGAUGUACCCUCUCAAACAGCCCAGCGACCGGAACAAGGCCGUUAUGGCACGCCAUUGCCAUACCCGACGUCUGGCCCGCGUUUGUCUUCCCCUGCUCAGUAUCCGGCCGGUUCAGACAGCCACCUACCCAAUCCUUAUUCAGGUGCCGGUCAACCCCCAGUCAUCGUCCCGCCGGGUGACGAUGGACAAAGUACCUACAGCGGACAUCAUCCAGACCAGGAUUGGGACAACAGACGCGACGACGAUGGACGUCAUACACCCCUAAGCACCAUCGAAGAAUAUACCGAGCCUCCUUCACGGCCUACUUCUGUCCGUCCUCCACCACGCUUGGAUACGCAGGACUCGUACAACCCGCCCUCCGCAACAUCGCCGCGUCCCUCAUACCAAGACCCGUGGAUGCCGCCGAGCAACCCGUAUGGCGACGCUACUUCCUCGCCUUACAUCUACCCGCCUGUCUACCCAUACGAACCUUAUGGACAAACACCCUAUAAUCUUCCCGAGGAAGACGAAACGGCCUGCGACAAGUGUGGCGCCUGCCUGGGGAAGUCGCUUGGUAUUCUCGUCUGGGUCCUCUUCUGGCCCAUCCUCCUCCCUUACAUGUUCUGUCGUAGACGAAAACACGAGGCGGACAACGCCGGUGUUCAUUAUCCCGUCGCCACCGACGAAGAAGCUCCCGGAGGAAGUCUGUAUUCCAAACCUGAAAGCAAGCUCGAGGUCGCGGUCAGAUACUCAACCCGGGAGAUUCCGAAGGAGGUUUACAACCUCUUCUUGCUACGCCUCCCAUCGCUAUACUUUUCUCGAGUCGCUAGGAUAUUCGAAGAGGCGGAUCUCAGCUUGAGCGAGCUCAAAAAGAUGGCGCUGGAGACUGCAACAAAAUCCAACUCGUAUGGUCCUUCCGCCUAUUUCCUCGAGGCUCAUAGCAACCUGCCGCCGGUGUACGAAAGCUUGAAGAACACCUGGGAAGGGUUCAUUGAUUCGGUUAUGCGGGAGUGGAAGACGUUCAAUAUUAUCUCUGUUUUACUUCUUUCGGCAAUUUUGACAAUACUGCAAAUCGAUGCGGCUUCGAACGACGGGUUGACCCGGUAUACCGCUAUGGCGUCGCUGGUCUGCGCAUUGAUGAGUCUGCUAUAUGGUUGCGUGUACAUCAUCAGGUUCGGGACGAUGCGCAAACCGUACAAAGCAGCUGAGUGGGCAUUGGAGGCGAAGAAGUCUAGGACUCUCAUAUUCUGGAACGUCUGGGUUCUGCUUGCAAUGCCUGCUGUGUGGUUGUCGUGGUCGUUGAUUCUCUACGUAUGCUGCAUCAUGUCCUUCCUGUGGCGAACGAGUGCUCUCGAUGUGGACGAUACUAGGCCCAUGUCGAAAAGCGGUUUACUUGCUGCAAGGGUCGUCAUCACGAUACUUCUCUCCCUGGGAAUCGUCUACGGGGCUCUCGUUGUGCUCACCUUCCGCCGCUACGGCGAGAUUAUGGAUAGGAAAUGGAAGCAACGCAUAGACGGAUGGAUCGACGCCAAGAUCAACCAAGAGUUACCGCCCCUCCCAGUCGACUCGUAUCCCCCACCAGCACUUCCCUACAAUCAGAAUCCCCAGACGGCACACUCCUUACCCUAUGGUUAUCAGCCUUCAACUCAGCAGUCAGCUCAACCACCGUCCGUGUACUCGACCCCAGCUUCGCAUUCGAGCUAUUACCCGACACCCUAUUCACAUUCCCAACCGAAGACCGGUUACUCUGGUUACUCCACCUACGGACCUCCUCCAGCGAGCUGGGAUAAAGCGGAUAAAGCACCGUCUUACCAUGAACACGAGGCCUUCAGCGAUUACUAUUACAGUGCAGAUAGGAAAGCAAGCUCGGCAGAUGAUAGUACUCCCGUUCCUUCGCCCAAGGUCCCUGCGGCUAGCGCUCCUCAAGUCGACGCACCUGGUUCUCCGGACAGUUUGAAAUCGAUGUAUCUCCCUGAUUCUGUUGCUGGUGCAGCUCAGCCUCUUUCGGCGAGCGGAACGCAAGACUCGUCUCAACCCGCCCCUUCACAGAUUGCCACGCCUUCGCAACAAGCUGUUGGAACGACACCGUCAGGAAAAUCCAGCACAAUCGACAUUGAAGUAGCUGAGCCAUCUUCGACCUCACAAAGUGAGACCUCGUCUUCCAAACGACCGUACAUCUCCAUCCCACCUCCACCCCCACCUCCACCUCUCCCGCCUAAACCCUCUGCAUGGAGUCGUAACACCGAUACCUUGAUUCUACCGUCCCCCGCACAUGCGUAUGACCGGAACUCGCCAUCGUCUUCCAUCGGUGUCUCUCCCGCGGGUUCCAUGAUUCGCUCGUAUUCCGGUGGCGGUCAAUCCGAGACGAGUCUGCUCAUUCGGAAGGAACACAGCGACGGGUCGGAUGCGUCUGGGCCGGCUAGUGUGCAUAAGGAACGAGAUGGUGGCCAUGAACAGGAUUCGUGGAAACGGGCGUCUGUGGAUUCGUUCAAUGAUAGAUUGGACGAGGUUUUGAAGAGUCGGAAGUAG